UUGAGUGCAAUUGCUUUAGCCAACUGUAUACCAAACAUAAGAUGAUGGGCGGGGUAGAAGAUAGCUGAAUGUCAGCAAUUUUCUCCAAUAAGCAGGCGUGUGAAUUACUCUUCUCCACGUCGGCACAGCUGGAAGAUGGACGCUCUGAUUCUGGAGCCUUCUUUGUAUACUGUGAAAGCUGUUCUGAUCCUGGACAAUGAUGGUGAAAGGCUGUUUGCAAAGUACUAUGAUGACACGUAUCCAACUGUGAAAGAGCAGAAAGCAUUUGAGAAAAAUAUCUUCAACAAAACCCACAGGACAGACAGUGAAAUUGCACUUUUGGAGGGUCUAACAGUGGUGUACAAGAGCAAUAUUGAUUUGUAUUUUUACGUUAUUGGUAGCUCACAUGAGAAUGAGCUGAUGCUUAUGGCAGUGUUGAACUGCUUAUUUGAUUCCCUUAGCCAAAUGCUCCGGAAAAAUGUUGAGAAGAGAGCCCUAAUGGAUAACAUGGAAGGCUUAUUUUUAGCAGUCGAUGAAAUAGUGGAUGGAGGUGUUAUUUUGGAAAGUGAUCCUCAGCAGGUGGUGCACAGAGUAGCACUCCGGAUGUAUUAUGCACGCUUAUUACAUUUACAACGUUCAGCCAUGUGCAGCUGGUUUACUGUGUGUGGAUCUUGUAGUGAAGCCGGCUUCUGUCUUCAGUACAAGGUGAUGAUGUUCCUCUUACAGAACAGACUAUGUCUCAGGUGCUACAGUCCGCAAAGGAGCAGAUCAAGUGGUCUCUUCUUCGAUAAAGUACAUCUUCUAAUUGUGCCAUUUGAAGGUUUGCCCCUGGCGAUUCAGUCUUUUCCUUCGGACCACAUGCUUAUAAAAGCAUUUCUGUCAACUAGAAUACUCCUUGCACUGAAACAGAGGAGCAGAUAUGCUGUUUAAACUUGCAUACAAACUCUGAACACUGGCAACUGGAUUUUAUGUCAUGUAAUGAAGUCAACUUAACAGAGUGACGCUAGGAGAUAAGAAUAGCUUGGCUUAAAACUAAAGUUUUUGGACAUCAGUUCUAUCACAUGCAGCACUAUUGGUACAUACAGUUGUGCUGUGUGCAGUCCUGGCCAGAAGCAUGUUUAUCAGAAAUUGUUUAAAUUUGGCUAUUUAUGUAAGGAAGUGGACAUCAUCUUACCGUGCAUUCCAGACUUAAAUGUUUUCCUUCAUCCAUGUUAUUUUGUUACUUAAUGUGGGCCAUUGUGCUGAUGAGCCAAGCUUUUAGUUCAUGCUGUUUCUUGCUUAAGAUUUUUAACUGAUUGUUUUCUUUAAAAAUUGCUAAGAUUCCAGUUUGUGUCCUAAAUAAACAUCACACAGCCAGCGUUCAUGUUAAUGUUUAUAGCCAGGUUUACAUCUGUUCUGUCUCUAUCGUGAACUUGAAAGUCACCUACCACGCAUUCUCUCCUCACUCGUGGAGUAGAAUCAGGUGACUUCUCAUUUCUAACAGAGUACUCAAAGCUGAAGUUUAACCAUUUGUUUUCUGUUGAAAACUAAAUUGGGGAUUGUUUAAAAGCUGUGUUGAAUCAAGUGUGUGCUUUUUCACCCUCAGUAGUAGUCAGUCCUGUCCACUGAAUGUUCAUUUAACUUGUUUGUUCCCCAGGGGUUUAAGCCCUACAGUACAUUCGUUUCCAGUGUGAGCAUUGUAUGUGGUUCUGUUAUCCAUUAGGAGAUGAGAGUUUUCUAGUUUUGACCCCCAACAUUUUGUUAGCUUGCCUGGUUGUGUACUGGGUCUUUGUUAGAGCAUGUGAUACACUUCUGCAAAUGAUAGUCUUUAGAAAACCCACAAACACCCCCCCCCCCCAGAAUGAGGGCCUUUGCUUGAUAUGUGAUCUCCAGCAGUGAUUCUGAGAUAGAACAUGAAUCCUGAGCACAAGCAGUCAAGUCCCCCCGCUAAGAGCGGCAGGCAGGUACUGUCAUGUCAGUCCUAUCAAUCUCCUCACCAACUGUUCCAGCACCUAGUCAGCUAAUUAAACCCAGGAGUUUGGGUCAUACCUCAUGUCUUUAUUACUCUCUGCCACAGGACUGUUAAGUGAAUUAUUCUGCUGAACUGGUUUCUAACCAGACUUUGUCCCCACUUGUGUGCUUAAGCCUUUGUAAAUCCCUUUGUCUUCUAAUGUGUGAAGGAUUUUCUUUUACUGCUGUAUUUGGUCCAGAAAAGUUUAUGUACAGUCUGAAGUAUGUUUCUAUGUUCACUACUGCUAUUUUAAUUUUGAUUUCACUGUUUUCAGAUAAAUGUUUUUGCAUUUUUGAUCAAAAUAAAUGGGUAUUUUGUGCGUCUGUG